UAUAAAUUUCCACUCUUUUAAUUUGUAUGCGUUCCUCCUUGUCCUGUCAUUAUAAUUCCUAAUGACGAGCUCCUCUCUGGCUUUCCCGCAGGCCCCCGGACAGCACUGCUAAUUAAGAGGACUACAGGCACUCUCCUGGAACCUGCAGCACUACACCAAACCCCCUCACCUGCACCAUUCCGCACGCUCUAUGUUUGGAUACCACCCCAAAUCCGUCAUCACCAACUUCCUCUUUUAGGCCUAAAAGCCCGUCCAUAAAUUGUGCCGGAUGCUCCCAGCACAACGCAGUUUCGUCUUUUGGCUUCCUCCACAAUCUGCACUGGGUUGGGCCUGUUUCCUUCCGUGUGACCCGCCAGUGCGAGCCACUCCCCGCGCCAGGGAUGCACCGGCACGCCUUCCCCUGUCCGGGGAGCCACAGCGGCACGGCUCCCCGCGGGUCACACCGGGGCGGUCACACACCAGCACGGCUCCCCGCGGCCCUGCCCGGGGCGGUCACACACCAGCACGGCUCCCCGCGGGUCACACCGGGGCGGUCACACACCAGCACGGCUCCCCGCCCUCGGCCCGGGGCGGUCACCCCGGCUCGGCUCCCCCCGCCCGGGGCGGCGCCGCGCCUGCGGAGCCCGCGGUGUGCGGCAGGGGCGGCGCGGCGCAGGCGCGGGGCAGCGGCCGAAGCCGAGGUAAUGUAAGUAUUUUAGUUAGACAAGAGAGAGGAAACAGGCAUGUCAGCUCUUUGUCCACCACCAUCUCCUGCAGUUGCUAAGACAGAGAUCUCUUUGAAUGGCGAGUCACCAUUACUAGCUGCCACAUUUGCUUACUGGGACAAUAUUCUUGGCCCCCGAGUGCGACACAUUUGGGCUCCAAAGACAGAACAGGUACUUCUCAGUGACGGUGAAAUAACUUUUCUUGCUAACCACACCCUGAAUGGAGAAAUACUUCGGAAUGCAGAAAGUGGCGCAAUAGAUGUGAAGUUCUUUGUUUUGGCCGAAAAAAGAGUAAUCAUUGUGUCAUUAAUCUUUGAUGGAAACUGGAACGGAGACAGAAGCACAUAUGGACUAUCAAUUAUACUUCCGCAAAGUGAACUUGGUUUCUACCUGCCACUUCACAGAGUGUGCGUGGAUAGGUUAACACAUAUUAUAAGGAAAGGAAGGAUAUGGAUGCAUAAGGAGAGGCAAGAAUAUUUCCAGAAGAUUGUCUUGGAAGGCACGGAAAGAAUGGAGGAUCAGGGUCAGAGCAUCAUUCCAAUGCUGACAGGAGAAGUCAUUCCUGUAAUGGAACUUCUUUCAUCUAUGAAAUCACACAGUGUUCCCGAAGAAAUAGAUAUAAGUGACACAGUGCUAAAUGAUGAUGACAUUGGGGAUAGUUGCCAUGAAGGCUUUCUCCUCAAUGCAAUUAGUUCACACCUGCAGACCUGUGGUUGUUCUGUAGUCGUAGGAAGCAGUGCAGAAAAAGUUAAUAAGAUUGUGAGAACGUUGUGCCUGUUUCUCACACCAUCUGAGCGGAAGUGUUCCAGACUCUGUAGAAGUGAGUCCUCUUUCAAAUACGAGUCAGGACUUUUUGUUCAAGGCUUACUCAAAGAUGCAACAGGAAGCUUUGUGUUGCCCUUCCGUCAAGUAAUGUAUGCCCCAUACCCUACUACACAUAUAGAUGUUGAUGUCAAUACCGUGAAGCAGAUGCCCCCUUGUCAUGAACACAUCUAUAACCAACGACGAUACAUGAGAUCUGAACUGACAGCAUUUUGGAGAGCUAAUUCAGAUGAAGAAAUGUCUCAAGAUCAUAUUAUCCACACAGAUGAGAGUUUCACACCUGAUUUAAAUGUCUUUCAAGAUAUCGUGCAUAGAGAUACAUUAGUAAAAGCCUUCCUGGAUCAGAUCUUUCACCUGAAGCCUGGCUUGUCUCUAAGGAGUACUUUCCUUGCACAAUUUCUGCUAGUCCUUCACAGAAAAGCCUUAACUUUAAUAAAGUACAUAGAGGAUGACACGCAAAAAGGCAAAAAACCUUUUAAGUCUCUUCGUAGCUUAAAGAUAGAUCUUGACUUGACAGCAGAGGGCGAUCUUAACAUAAUAAUGGCUUUGGCUGAGAAGAUUAAACCAGGUCUACACUCCUUUAUCUUUGGGAGGCCGUUCUACACUAGUGUACAAGAACGUGACAUGCUCAUGACAUUUUAAAGUCUUCCCUGCAUCUGGUAUUGCAGCCCUGCAGAGCACGAAAUCUGUCAGUGGGAUCCCCAAACUGGUGACAAGUAUUGUCUACUGAGGGUGAAGCAUCAGGAGCACAGUAACACUGAGGUGUGUCUCAAGCAGUAAGGCUCUUGUUAGAGGGAAUUUCAGCUUUGCUAGAUAGGCAUGAUUUUAACUAAUUGAUCUCUUCUGUGUGUUUUUUAAUUGUGUUACCAGUUUGUGUGUUUUUUUAAUUGAAAGUGAUACCAGAGGUUCCUUGGCCAUAUUGGCUUAGUGGAUAAAUGUGGAUAUGUUUUAGUGUAUGAUGAAAGGAAGCAUUUUAAUUUUUAUUCCCCAGAAACUUCUUUCAGGUGUGUGUCAGAUUUUCCCUGUUCUGCUGUGUCAGUAUUUUGAGUGUUUCCACAAAAAAAACAGUAUAUAUGUCCUCAUUAACAUGGAGGUUGCAGAAAAUGCGCCUCCAAGAGUUUCAGAGUUUUUAAAACUUGUUCUUAUGUAUGUGGUGCAAAUCUUAAAUAUGACUUCUACUCAUCUGCCUCUUUUAACACUACUGCCUUCUUCCUUUAGAGCAUUUAAACAUGUUUGCAGUUUCUAAUAUACUACAAAGUGCUAUUUCUGAGUGCCAACCAUUGAUUAUUUGCAGCUUAAAUAGCAGAACAUUGCACAUAGGAAUUAGAUUUUUACUCAAGCAGCUUUCUGCAUGUAAGUGCCAGCCAGGAUACUCGUACCAUAGAUUUCUGGACUGUCCUGCAGUGGAGUCAGUGAUCAUGGUCAGUGAUCCUGGUCAGUGAUCAGCUGAGGUCUUUCAAAACACAAAACGGAAGACUCAUAUCCUUCCACAGCAGUUGUCAGUCCUUCUGUGUGUGAACUGCUACUGGUAGUUGCACUGUCAGUUUCCAUGAGGCUCAUAGAAUCAUUUAGAAUGGAAAAGACCUUCAAGAUCAUUGAGUCCAACCAUUAGCCCAGGUCCACCUAUAAACCUUGUUCCUAAGUACCACAUCUACGCAUUUUUGGAACUCUUCCAGGGACAGUGAUUCCAGUGACCACUUUCUUGGAAGAUUGUUCCAAUGCUCAACAAAAUAUUCAGAAUAAAGUGUUAGACCCUUCCAAUGAACAUCAAGAUGAUAGCUGAGGUAAAAGAUAAAACAGUAUUUUUUUUUCAUUUACAUCGCUAUUAAUAUAUUUAGUAAUCCUUAAUUUAGGGAUGUGCACGGCUAUUAACUAAUGUGAUUAGCAUUUUAGUAAGUUAACUCUAGUCAUUAAGAUUACCUAUCUUCUUCAUUCAGCUUAGCAUAUCUCCAAUUUAGCUUGAAAAUCAAAACACAUUUUCUGUUGGUAUGUCUCAACUUUUCUUUCUCAGUAGCAUGUAGAGCAAUGCAGUGUCAGGUGAAUCCAGAGGUUUUUUUUACCCAGAAAUGAGAGGUGUAUCUGUACUGCACAUUGUUGUAUCUCUGCUCUUUUUGGACAAGUAUAAGAGUUUCUUUGUGUCAUGUUUCAGCAUAAAGUCAUAACUCAAUAUUCAUUGAAAAGAGAAAGAGCUGCACUGACUGGAGAAGCCGUGGCUGCUUUAUUGCUUACCUUGUUUAUAGCUCUCCUUUGUAAAUAGGUUUCUGUUUCCAAGAUAGCUUUUUAGUAUUACUUUCAUGCAGUGUGGCAGAAAAGUUGGAAGUUAAAUUUACAUUUUUCCUGAAAUGUCUAAUACUCAGAUUAUAAAAGAAAUACUGUCCUUUAUUUAAAUGCCCAAAAUUCCCUUACAUUUCCUAAAAGACAAAGAUUCUCAAAUGUUUAGAGCCUCUAAAAGCUGUGAAAUUGAACCCCAUCUGCACACUGUUUUUGUGAGUUUGCAUCACCAGUGUUACUGGGUUGCAAAAGAACUGACAUUUUGUACAGCCAUCCUUUUGUGGUACAUGCAUGUAGAACUCUUGCAGCAAGCUUCAUGAUUCAUCAGAGGAACUUGUCAGAAUUACAUAAGUUACUUGUGCUGAGAUUGUUUGUCAUUGUACCACUACUGUUCCCUUCUGCAUUUUCAAUCGAGACAUUAGAACCUGAAUGUGCUUAAGUUGUUACUCUCACAGAUAAAUAGUGAAAGAAAUGUAAUAAACACUGCCAAAACUUCUAAAAUAGAAGUUGUGUCAAAAUAUAAGAGAUUUAAAUCUGUUGCUGAAAUUAAACCUUUCAGCUUGAUAAGCAUUGGAAACUCAACACUGACACUACUAACAGUGAAGCUUUUGUUUACUGAAGAAUCUGUUACUUUUUGAAGUUACUAAAAACUGGAAAUUCAGUUGCUACUUUUGUUGCACAGCUGUCACAAGUGCAGAAUGUGUAGUGAAGUACAUUGUUAAAUGCAUCUGCAUGUUGUGUUGUAAAUCUAGCUCAGGAAACAAAGUAAUAAAAUUCAUGCACAAUUUUUGGA